CCAUUGUCAAUGUUUUGCAUAUAAGAAAUAAAUGUAGCAUGAAUCAAAAUACUAAACACCCAGAGAAGCAUAAUCCUAACCCUUCUGAGGAGACUGCAGUUCCAAAAUGUGGUUGCUUUUAACAGUGGCAAGUUUGAUAAGUACACUUGGAACUACACAUGGUUUCUUUGGAAAACUAACACCCGAAAGCCCUGAAGUGACUAUGAAUAUUAGUCAAAUAAUUUCCUACUGGGGAUACCCAAGUGAAGAAUAUGAAGUUGUGACUGAAGAUGGUUAUAUCCUUGGGAUCAACAGAAUUCCUUAUGGAAAGAAAAAUUCAAAGAAUAGAGGUCAGAGGCCUCUUGUGCUUUUGCAGCAUGGUUUGCUCACAUCAGCCACAAACUGGAUUUCAAAUCUGCCCAACAACAGCCUGGCCUUCCUUCUAGCAGAUGCUGGUUAUGAUGUGUGGCUGGGGAAUAGCAGAGGAAACAUCUGGGCCAGGAGAAAUUUAUACUACUCACCAGACUCGGUUGAAUUCUGGGCUUUCAGUUUUGAUGAAAUGGCUAAAUAUGACCUUCCAUCCACAAUCAACUUUGUUGUAAAGAAUACUGGACAGGAGAAGCUACAUUAUAUUGGUCAUUCCCAGGGGACCACCAUUGGUUUUAUCGCCUUUUCUACCAAUCCCAAACUGGCUAAAAGAAUCAAAACCUUUCAUGCACUAGCUCCAGUUGCCACUGUGAAGUAUACCAAAAGCCUUUUAAACAAGCUUGCACUUAUUCCAACAUUCCUCUUCAAGAUUAUUUUUGGUAACAAAAUAUUCUACCCACACCACUUUUUUGAUGAAUUUCUUGCCACUGAAGUGUGUACCCGUGAGAUGUUGAAUCACAUCUGCAGUAAUGUGUUAUUUAUCAUUUGUGGAUUCGACUAUAACAAUUUGAACAUGAGUCGCUUGGAUGUGUAUCUAUCACACAAUCCAGCAGGAACUUCUGUUCAAAAUGUAUUCCACUGGACCCAGGCUGGUAAAUCUGGGAAAUUCCAAGCUUUUGACUGGGAAAGUCCCAUUCAGAACAUGAUGCACUAUAAUCAGCCCACACCUCCCUACUACAAUGUGACAGCCAUGAAUGUGCCAAUUGCAGUGUGGAAUGGUGGAAACGACUGGUUGGCUGACCCCCAAGAUGUUGAUCUUUUGCUUCCAAAAUUCUCUAAUCUCAUUUAUCACAAGAAGAUUCUUCCUUACAACCACUUGGACUUUAUCUGGGCAAUGAAUGCCCCUCAAGAAAUUUACAAUGAAAUUAUUUCUAUCAUGGCAGAACAUAAAAACUAGUUCUGGAUUUAAAAAAUUAUCCAUUUCUUUUUUCAAAAUUAUUUCUUUUCUCACCCGUAGUCUUCUGCCAUAUUAGAGAUGUAGUGCUUUUUUUCUGUAAAUUUGACUUUAGAAAUAUAUUGGCAUCAAAAAA